CAAGUUGCUUAAUUAAGUAGCAAAGCAAUAUGGCCUGCCUGAUGAGCCUACCUUUUGCUGCAUACUUGAUCUUCUUCUUCACCUUAAACCUCAUGCCUAUGCCUUGUUUUUCUUGUCCCCAAGAACACAAAGAAGCUCUACUAGAAUUCAAAACUUCAUUAACUGAAAACUUAUUAGCGGCAAACUCUACCGAUGAAGCAAUGGUAACCGAGUUAUUGGAGUCAUGGAAUUCCAGUUCAGAUUGUUGUCAAUGGAACCUGGUCACUUGCCAUUCCCAUGCAGCAUCAGCUUCAAAACAUAUCACUGGCCUUGACAUUUCCUAUCUGGUCCUCAAUGGAAGUGUGCCUUCAGAUGUCCUGGCGCCACUCUUCCGAAUAACAACGCUCAUGCUGCUCAACAUCGCUUCCAAUUCGAUGCAAGGGGAGAUCCCAGGAGCUGGUUUUGCCAAUUUGACCAAGCUAGUAUAUCUUGACAUGAGGGAGAAUCGAUUCAAUGGUUCAAUACCUCCUCAGCUGUUUCAGUUAAGGUACCUAGAGUACCUUGAUUUAAGUGGUAAUUUGAUCCAAGGAACAUUGAGUAGCAAAAUAGCCGGCCUAAAGAAUUUGAAGCAAUUGAACUUGGAUGAGAAUUUCAUCCAAGGAGAGAUCCCUGCAGAGGUCGGAAACCUUAUUGAAUUGCGUAAGCUGUCACUUCGACGGAACAAGAUAUCAGGAAGGAUACCAUUGUCUGUGGUGUCUCAGUUGAGGGAGUUGCAAGUAUUGGACUUGCAGGAUAAUUCUCUCUCCAUGGAGAUUCCAGCAGAGAUUGGCAACUUGGUGAACAUUUCAACACUUUCAUUGAGCAACAACAAUUUGAGUGGUGGAAUUCCACAAUCAAUACAAAAGAUGAGAAAGCUGGAAACACUUGGGCUGGGCAAGAAUAUUCUCAAUGGUGAUAUCCCAGCAUGGCUAUUUGAACUCAAGGGGUUGAAGAAUUUGCAUCUUGGAGGAAAUAACCUAAGGUGGAAUAACACUAAUGUCACCAUAGCUCCAAAAUGCAUGUUAUCUCAAUUAUCCUUGAGAUCCUGUGAUGUUAGAGGUCCGAUUCCGAUUUGGCUUUCCAAUCAAACAAGGCUUGAUCUCUUGGACUUGAGUGAAAACCGGCUCGAAGGAGCAUUUCCAUUGUGGCUAGCUAAACUACAGGUUGGGAUCCUAUUUUUAUCAGACAACAAGCUCACAGGUUCCUUGCCGCCACUUUUGUUUCAAACUCCAAGUUUACAAGUCCUUAAAUUGUCAAGAAACAACUUUUCGGGAAAAUUGCCGGAAGAUAUGGGUGAGAAGUGUGCAGUCAUGAUACUCAUGCUGUCUGAAAACAAUUUUUCAGGGCCAGUGCCAAAAUCCAUCGCAAACAUAUACCGACUACUUUUGCUCGACUUGUCAAGGAACAACUUCUCGGGUGAGCUUCCAAUCUUUAAACCUGAUGCACUUCUAGCGUUCGUUGAUAUUUCGUCAAACAAAUUAUCAGGUAAGGUUCCUGCCACUUUUGGACUGAACACUACAAUGCUCUCACUAGGCCAAAAUGAGUUCUCUGGUCAGUUGCCUAAAAACUUGUCCAAUCUAAGCCAGCUUGAGCACCUUGACUUGCAUGACAACAACAUCACUGGAGACUUUCCAACAUUUCUCAAUAAAAUAUCUUCUCUUCAAGUACUCAAUCUACGAAACAAUUCCAUAAGAGGAUCGAUCUCCGGUGAUCUGUCAAAUCUCCGCAGUCUCCGGAUCCUGGAUCUGUCUAACAACUUGCUUAGUGGAAAAAUUCCUCCAAGUGUUGGAAAUCUUAUUGCAAUGAUUGAGACUCCAGACAUCCCAUCAAAUUUGCCUGAUGAAAUCUUCUCCUUCUUAGUUGAAUACGACCUGAUAGUAAAUUGGAAGAAGUCAAAGCAAGGCCUAUCUAGCCACAAUCUUGACAUCUACUCCCUUAUAGACCUGUCAAAGAAUCAAUUUUCAGGCAACAUUCCAUCCUCUUUGGGUAGGCUGAAAGGCUUGAAGCUACUUAACAUUUCUUCCAAUGAACUUUCUGGGAGCAUCCCAUUGGCAUUUGGUGAUUUGAAGAGUUUAGAGACCUUGGAUUUGUCUCACAAUAAUCUGUCAGGUCAAAUACCAGAGACAUUUGCAAAGCUUCAAGAACUGAACACUCUAGACUUGAGCAACAACGAACUUGUUGGUCAUAUUCCUGAGAGUCCCCAAAUGGAUACACUGAUUGAUCCAAACAUAUAUGCUAACAACAGCGGAUUGUGCGGGGUUCAAAUUCAGUUGCAUUGCCCCGAAGAGCACCCACCAUCUGCCAAAACAGAUGAGAGUGAUGAGAAGAACGAUACAUGGUGGUUUUCAUGGGCAACUGCAGGGAUUGGAUUCCCUUUUGGAUUUUUUUCUGUUGUGGCCUCAAUGUACGUUGUUGGUUAUUUUAGUACUGUUGCAACCAGAACAAGAAGGGGCUCUCAAUGUGUUUGGCAGAGGUAACAAUGUGUGUGCUCUUGAGAACCAUCACAAGAAUAGACACAACAACCCUUUGAAGAAGGAAACAAGAACAUCUACUACAAAUAAUGUUUGUAUUUCUGCUGAUCUUAUAUUCAUCAUAUAUAUUUUGAAGUUUA